AUGCCAUCCGCCCUGCCUGUGCCUUCUAAAGGUGCAUUGCGAGCACUUCGCAACAUCGCCCUUGGAACAUCCUGCACAGUCGCAUUCAGUACUGGCAUGCUAACAGAGGACCGUCGACGACGAAUCCACGGCGCAAAAUUAGUACAUGAUAACGCCAAGAAACUUAAGUCUGCGAGACAAUACCACGAACCGAGUGCACAUUUGGCAGAGACAUUUGAGGAGCAGGUCUUGAGAUAUAAGGACGAUGGAUUUUGGCAGGCUGGCAGCACCGCCUUGGGCCGUGUUACAAGUGCCGAAGAGAUUGUAGCCUGUGAUUCAACAUUUGGCAAAACGACAGAGCCGGCAAAUCUGAUACCGCCUUCAAUUCCGUUCAAGCCGCCUCGAAUUGAAAAUUUACGCCCCCCAACCGCAAAAGAUCCGUUACCAAAACCUAAGGAUAUCGAAGAAGACCGUCAACUGCGUCUUGCAAAUGACAUACAGCAGAUCAUUGGAGAUGGAAAGGACCCAAUUGCUGUUGGUUCUGCCUUGCGGCGAUUCUUAGAGGCAUUUGAGGAAGGUCUGGAUUUAGGAACUAGUGGCAUGCAAAAAUAUCUCGUGGAAGCAGCAAUUGCGCUAUCUACAGUUUGUCGGUCUCUCUCUAUGGUGGAAAAUAUGGAAAGGAUUCUUGAUAUUGUUCUGAAAUCGACCACUCUUUCUGAGACCGAUUUCAAACGAUUCGAACCACAUCUUAUUAUUGAAUCACUGUUAAGGAGUCCAGACGAUAAGGCUGGCCACGACACAUAUCCUUCUAAACUCCGAAAAGCCUCUACCUUGUGCCUUACAGAAUUCAAAGCGAAGCCUGGGCCGAUUUCGAAUAAACUAAGACCUGUCAUAGUGGAAGCUUGCAACUUGACCUGUCUGUUCAAGAUGUAUGAUUUGACCAAGCAACUAUUUUGGCGAAUUGAGGCUACACGUGGCAAAACAUCCAACUCCGCAGUUGGGUCCUUCAUAAUCGCCGAAAUACAGACCAAACAGUAUCGUAGUGCCAUUUCUCACUUUUUCAAGCAUUUCGUCAAAUCGCCACCAAGCCAAGAAGAGCUCUACCGUGUUACGGAUGCCGUAUUCGAGAGAGCGCUUGAACUGAAUCAUUUCACCCAUGCGGAACAGGUUCUGAUAGAGGUGUCGAAAUCUAUCCAAAGCGACCACUUCAUAAGAUCGAACAAUUGGUUUCAAAAACUGCUUGGCACGGAAUGGCGUAGAAAACGAAGCAUUCGUAAAACUCAAGAGAGGUUUGAACGACUCAAGACUGUGAUACCGAAUGUUUGUCGGCCAGAAGCUGCCUAUGCCGUUGUUAUACAGUUAUGUGUAGAAGCAGGUGAUUUCAAAGCCGCCGGUAAAUAUCACGAACAUUUGUUUCAAAUCAGUGGUCCGUGUGAAGAUGAUAUCCUCAUACGCGGCCAGAUUGCUCGUGGUAAAGCGAUGUGUGAGGAAUGGGAUGAUGUCAAGACCAAUUUCGCCGAAAUGGCUAAACUCAACCCCAAUCCCAAAGUCUAUGGCGACAUUUUUCCACCGAUUCUUAAAAUAUUUGCUAAAUCACAUCCUGUGACCGAGACGGAGGAUUUUCUUCGUUGUUGUCUGGAAGAGUAUAAAGUACCUCUGACAUCUUACGCCUCGAACAUUAUGAUCGGCGAGUACGCAAAAGCUAAAGAGCUUCGUUCUAUCCUCCGUUGGAUAGAGUAUGCAACCUCUGUUUCAACGUGCUUCGACGCUGAUUCAUUCAAUACUAUUCUAAGCCAGCUUUACAAAACUUGGGGGUUUAAUUUUGAACAAGUAUUUCAAGUACAUCGUGUGAUGCUAAAAUCUUCAGUGGAUUAUACAAAUGACUUUACCCUCGCGCAACUGCGCCAGCUUGCUCUUAAGGAUUCUAAGGGGGAACAAGAAGUUGCUGCUAGGAAGCUAAGGGUCAUUCCCAGGGGGACUAGAGCUAUAAAUGAUGAUAAUUAUCCUCGUAGACAAAUCAUCGAGGAGAUGGGAAAGGGCAACUUUCAAAAGGUCGUAAACAUAUAUGACGCCGCCUCCAAACAGGGAGUUUUCAUUCAUAGUUCGGCAUUGGCAGCCACUGUAAAAGCAUCACUGCACUUGAGUGAUGGCAAUACGCACAUGGCUAUUGAGCUUCUCAAAGACGCGAAACGGAAAGGCUAUUUGUUGGAUGAUGCUCUUGUUACGCUCCUCACUCACCGACUACCAAGCUUCAUGGAGCGCGUCGGAAGCAGUCGUCUAAUUAUGUUCUUGACUUCUGUCAGAGAAGCAAUCACCAAGGCGGAGGAGCAUGGGCUUAUUGUGCCAGAACCUGUGUUCAAUGAAGUUACUAAUAUCCUUGUCCGAAAUGGAUACUUUCGAGAUGCAAUAGCAUUCUGGACAGAAGUCUCGCAGACUCAUAGCGCAACAGUCCGACCAAAUGUGAUCAAUCUUACAAUCCUUCUGAAAGCUUACAUCGGCAUGAAAGAACCCAGAGGAAUCGUCUGGAUCACAAAUAUGUUGACUGUUCAUCAAGUCGUACCGGACCCACGUAUGAAAGGCAUACUAAAGAACACGCGAACGUCAUUGCGGAAAAGAGAGCUCGGUCCAAGACUGAAAACAUUUCUUCAGGCUAUCGAAGAAGCUCAUACGAUCUUUGCAAUGAUGCGCGGUGAUGAUCAGAAAGAUAAGAAGGAUGCUAGAAAUAAGACUCUUGAAAUCAUGGAAAGAGCUAUGGCUCUUGAUGCACAGAAAUCACAGUCUCAAGAAGAAGUUAAUAACUGGGAUGAUUUUGAAGACGAAAACGUGAAUUUGGAUGAGCAAGACGAAACCUUGCCCGAGCUUGUCGUGACAUUACACCCGCAUCGCGAUUCUGAGCUUCCGUUACUUCAAGAGUUGUAUAUCGAUGUUGGUGGUGGCAGGAUGUCGAUUGUUGCAGACCAAAUACGAAAAGUUGACGCCCAGCUCGACCGCGUCCAACUCGCUCCCUUCCCUUACCCCGCAGAUGAAAGUUUGGUGUCCGCGCAACAUGCGAAGGUUGCUUCUUCGCCGCGCAUAGCGGAGUUGCAGGCGCUGGUUAAGGCAUUGAGUACGACGUCGAGUUCUGGCGCGUUGCUUUCGGGUGGGAGGAUUAGUCGGUUGUUGGAACAGGCGGAUUUGAAGGGGUCGGUGCAGAGUGAAGAGAUUGAAGAGGAGGAUGAGGAUGAGGAUGGAGAUGAAGAUGACGAGGAGGAUGAGGAAAGGGAAUAUAAGAAUGGGAGAGCAGGUGUAAAUGCCUAUCUGAAGAACUAUGAGAGGGAAUUGGAGUGGUUGUUGGUUAGUAAGGCGACGGUGCAAACAUAUGGGUUGAUAUUGAAUACGCUGCUGGAACAAACGAUUCCGCUAAGUGAUGAUAUUUGGUAUUGGGAUGAAGUGCUCGGAUCAUAUACAUAUUCGGGACUGUACACGAUACAGACUUCGCCGCAGAGGUUGUGGGGUUGGGGAAAGGAUAUUUACAGUGAUUCGAGGGAGCGAUUGGUGCAUUUGAAAGAAGCGCCUGGAAGUGCGGUUAGAAAGGGUGGGAGGGAUGUGAGACAGGGAGUCGCGGGGCAAUGGAGUAUGUUUUAUGGGUUGGUGAGGGAGAGUAUUAGGGAGAGGAGUGUGGUGGAGGUGCAGAAGAGAGUUAUGAGUCCGGUUGCAUUGGGGAGGUCAAAGGCUAAGAUGAAUCAGGCAAGGUUAAAGAGGUUUAGGGAGAUGGGAGCAAGUGGAUUGGGAGUUUUGAUGGAUGAAGCGUUGAGUUUUGAUAUCGAUGAAGAGGGUGCGGGUCUGAAAGCCGAGGAGUCAGAAAACUCGGAGUGGAAAGAUGUGGUGGAGAGGAGUGUGGCACUGAUGGAUAAUGUGCUUCGCAAUGUUACGGCUCUUGAGCAAGGAGUUUCGGAUUUCGAGGAUACUGUGUUUGCCAGUGUGGAGGAUGACCCAGAGAUUUCGAGUGCGGACAAUUCACAAGCGACCAGGACGAGUAAGGUGUCGAGAAGAUUGCAGCACAUCCUCUCUGCCCAUGUACCGAAGCAUAUUACGAAUUCACAAAAGCUUGUCUCGGAAUAUGGACGACCUUCAAGACUCGUUAGAUACUGGUUACCGGCUAGCAUGUUGUUACUUUCGUCUUCGACUAUAUUGCGAAUCUUGGUGAACAGAAAAGCAGAGGUUCUUACUUGGAUCAGAGAACUUGGAUCUACUAUUCAAGAUUUCUGGAUGAACUGGGUUGUUGAUCCUACGUUAAAGGUCAUCGGGACAAUUCGUCAUGACAAGGAUAGUGAAGUGGCAAUUAUGAGUAAAGAGAGUCUGAGAGGCGACAUGGAAAGUCUGGAAAGAAUGGUGGUAGAUUUCGCUCGCGACAAUCCAGAAGCCGCAAAUUACGGAACUGGCGCUUUAAGUGAUUCACAAAUUACCGAGAUCAAAGCCAAAGUCAAGGCAGGUGAUCUCACACCCGUUCUUCGCGCUUAUGAAAAGGAUAUGCAACGACCAUUUGUAGGAACCGUCAGAGGAGACUUAAUCAGAACAGUUUUGAUCCAGGUACAAAAGACCAAGGUCGAUGUGGAGGUUGCGCUAAGUGGUAUCGAUGCGCUACUCAAGAGUCAAGAGCUUGUCUUUGGCUUUUUAGGUCUGACUCCUGGUGUUCUGGUCUGUUUCGCUACCUUCCGAUAUUUUGGAACAUUACUCGGCUCACGCAAGGGACUUCGACGAGGUGAAAGGGCGGGGCGAACUGCGAGGGUCUUGAGAAAUAUCGAUCGAAUUCUUACGAUUGCUACGCCUACGCAGAAUAACUUGCUCUCGUACAAAGAUCAUGGAUUGUUGUUGUGUGAAGUUCAUGUCUUGAGGAAGAGAGCUCAUAGUUUGUUUCCUGGGGAUGUGGAGAGAGAGUUUCUGGAGGACGUGGGGGAUCUUUGUAAUAUCAAUAGUGGUAUUCAGGUGCAGCUUAAGGUUUUGGAGAGGAUUAGGUGGAGUUAUGGGAGGUGGUUGAGGUAG